CGGGUGCCCGGAGCAAGGAGAGGCGGCUGGAAUGCCAAUGAGUUACAGCGGGACACAGAUGUCACCCUGGUCAGUGCUUGCCCUCCCAGUCCCAGGCCAGACAGGAAGCGAGCUCGGCACCUGCUGGGUGCACCAACUGAGAAAUAAAUCACAGUGGCUCCUGUGAGGACUAACGCCCAACCCAGGGCCCCUGGUGUGGACCUGGGAAGUCGGGCUGGGGACAACUCUGGGCACCUGCCUUCCAUUCUCCCAGGCUGGAGCAGGGGUCACUAAUACGCCGCCCCCAUACCUUUUACUUGGGCUUUGCCAGGCUCACACCAUACACUGCGGAGUCCCCUUCAGGUGACAUUGCUCAAGCCUCCCACGGGCCAGUUUUGCAGCUGAGCUCUCAGAGGGCAGUGACAUCCGUGUUUGGAGCAGUUCUGCGCUGGACAAGUUGAGCCCGGGUGACAUCCGAGAUCGGCCAAAGGAGAUCAGGAGGCGGAUGGUACUUUGGCUAUUUUGAGUGAGAAGAAAGAUGGAAAAUGGUGCAGUUCUGCUGGAAUCCAAAUCUUCACCACUUAACCUUCUACAUGAAAUGCACGAGCUACGCCUCCUCGGUCACCUGUGUGACGUGACAGUCAGUGUGGAGUAUCAGGGCGUCCGCAAAGACUUCAUGGCCCAUAAAGCAGUGCUGGCAGCCACCAGCAAGUUUUUUAAGGAGAUGUUCCUCAAUGAAAAGAGUGCGGAUGGUGCUAGGACUGUCUACUUAAAUGAAGUACAGGUUGUUGACUUCGCUUCCUUUCUUGAAUUUGUCUACACUGCAAAGGUACAGGUGGAGGAAGAUCGGGUGCAGCGAAUGCUAGAAAUGGCUGAAAAGCUAAAAUGCUUGGACUUAUCAGAAACUUGCUUUCAAUUAAAGAAGCAGAUGUUAGAGUCGGUACUUUUGGAGUUGCAGAAUUUCUCAGAGUCUCAGGAGGUGGAGGCAAGCAGCUCCCAAGUCAGUGUUGCUGUGGACUCCAGGACAAGUGAGGCUGUGGAUGGUCCUCACACCAGUGACCUUGUAGAUUCCUCAGAUUACCCACUAGAGGGAAUCAGCAAUGGCUUGUCACCAGAUAUGGCACCGAAGAAAUCCAAGGAAAAACUAGAGAAGAAGAAAGAGGUAGUUAAGCCUCUCUACCCUAAAAUCAGAAGAGCUAGUGGAAGGCUGGCCGGAAGAAAGGUAUUUGUGGAAAUUCCAAAGAAGAAAUAUACUAGAAGACUCCGAGAGCAGCAGAAAAGUGCUGAGGAUGACAGCUUGGACUACAGGUGUCCUCAGGACCCAAUCCCAGACAGUAUGGGAACAGAGACGGAGCCAGUCACGAAAAAUGAGUCUUGUGGUGCUGGUGCUGAGUUGGAGGAAGCAAUGCCAAAGGCAGGGGUGCAGGAGGAGGAGGAAGAGGAGGAGGAGGACGAGGAGGCAGAGAAGAAGAAGACAAACUUCCAGUGCACCAUCUGCCAGAAAGCCUUCCUGUAUGAGAAGAGCUUCCUGAAGCACAUCAAGCACCACCACGGGGUGGCCACCGAAGUGGUUUACCGCUGUGACACCUGUGGCCAGACCUUCGCCAACCGCUGCAACCUGAAGAGCCACCAGCGCCACGUGCACAGCAGCGAGCGCCACUUCCCAUGUGACCUGUGCGGCAAGAAGUUCAAGCGCAAGAAGGAUGUGAAGCGGCAUGUGGUGCAGGUGCACGAGGGUGGUGGUGAACGGCACCGCUGUGGCCAGUGUGGUAAGGGCCUGAGCUCCAAGACAGCACUGCGGCUUCAUGAGCGCACACACACAGGUGACAGGCCCUACGGCUGCACCGAGUGCGGGGCCAAGUUCUCCCAGCCGUCUGCACUCAAGACCCACACGAGAAUUCAUACAGGGGAAAAACCUUUUGUCUGUGAUGAAUGUGGUGCAAGAUUCACUCAGAACCACAUGCUGAUUUAUCAUAAAAGGUGUCACACAGGUGAAAGACCUUUUAUGUGUGAAACGUGUGGCAAGAGUUUUGCUUCUAAGGAGUACUUAAAACAUCACAAUAGAAUCCAUACUGGAUCCAAACCCUUUAAAUGUGAAGUAUGUUUCAGGACUUUUGCCCAGCGGAAUUCACUUUACCAGCAUAUCAAAGUCCACACAGGAGAACGCCCUUAUUGCUGUGACCAGUGCGGUAAGCAAUUCACCCAGCUCAAUGCUCUCCAGCGCCACCAUCGAAUCCACACUGGAGAGAAGCCUUUCAUGUGUAACGCCUGUGGACGGACCUUCACUGACAAGUCCACUCUCCGGCGGCACACCUUGAUACACGAUAAGAAUACUCCAUGGAAGUCUUUCCUUGUUAUUGUAGAGGGCUCACCCAAGAAUGAUGAAGGGCAUAAGACUGAACAGCCUGAUGAAGAAUAUGCAUCAUCCAAACUCUCGGAUAAGCUGUUGUCUCUUGCGGAAAAUGGCCAUUUCCACAACCUGGCCACAGUACCAGGCAGCAUACCUCCCGUGCAGGAGGACAGUCCAGCAGACACAGCCUGCAAAUCAGACGACUCUGUGGUAUCCCAGGAUGCUCUGCUGGCCACCACCAUCAGUGAGCUCAGUGAGCUGACUCCACAAACAGACUCAGUGCCCACACAACUGCAGUCUCUGACCAACAUGGAAUGAGGGCUUGGAGCUUCGUGCCAAGCAGGUCCCAUACUGCGUCUCUGCAUGUGUAACAGCUGUACUGAAGAUGAUGCCAAGGUCUAUGAAAAAGAACUGUGCAAAGAAGAAAUGGGCAAGAGUGGCCUCCACUGAUUUUCCUAGACUUCUGCUAGCUUGCACGUCUUUAUCAAAGCCUUUCCCUUAACAAU